AUGGCGGGCCUGACUGCGCAUAGUGGUUUCCGACUUCCUGGUGAACAAGCCAGUGAGCGUCACUGUUGUCUAAACCUUUUUUCCCUCUCAGCCUUUCUGACUGUGAGUCCCAGCAGAUCUCAGAUGUUUGAAGAAGAGUUUGUCUCUCUGAGCUGUGAGGAGGACGACAGCUCUGCUGGAUGGAAGCUGAGGAGGAACACAACCAGAGAAACCAGGAAGGAGUGUGACAAGUGGGGAAGAUCAGCUGGUUCCUCCUGUAACAUCACUGACAUCGUCCCACUGGACAGUGGAGUUUACUGGUGUGAGUCCAGAGAGGGAGCAACCAGUAACAGCAUCAACAUCACUGUCACUGGUGGAUCAGUGAUCCUGCAGAGUCCUGUCCUCCCUGUGAUGGAGGAAGAUGAUGUCACUCUGCACUGUAAAACAAAGACCUCCAACCUCCCAGCUGAUUUCUAUAAAGAUGGCUACCUCAUCAGGACUGAGCCUGCAGGUCACAUGACCAUCCACCAUGUUUCCAAGUCUGAUGAAGGCCUCUACAAGUGUCACAUCAGCAGUCAUGGAGAGUCUCCAUCCAGCUGGAUCUCUGUCACAGGUAAACCUACAACCACAGCUCCGCCCCGAGUAUCUGAAGCUCCGCCCCAUGUACCUGAAACUCCACCCCCUGUACCUGACGCUCCGCCCCCUGUAUGUGGGCCCCCGUCCGCUGUAUCUGUAGCCCCGCCCCGAGUAUCUGAAGCUCCGCCCCAUGUACCUGAAACUCCACCCCCUGUACCUGACGCUCCGCCCCCUGUAUAUGGGCCCCCGUCCGCUGUAUCUGUAGCCCCACCCCGAGUAUAUGAAGCUCCGCCCCAUGUACCUGAAACUCCACCCCCUGUACCUGACGCUCCGCCCCCUGUAUAUGGGCCCCCGUCCGCUGUAUCUGUAGCCCCGCCCCCCGUACCUGAAACUCCACCCCCUGUACCUGAAGCUCCGCCCCCUGUAUAUGGGCCCCCACCCGCUGUAUCUGGAGCCCCACCCCAUGUCUCAGCUCCUCACCAGCUUGUGUUCACACUGGUCUGCCACCUAGUGGUGUUCUGUCCGUACUUCAUCUCCACUCUCCUCAUGUUCAUGUCGUUGAUGGUGACGUUCUUCAGAAUCACAGAAACGUCUCCGUUCUUCAUCUGUGGAUCCAUCAGCUGCACUCGACCACGAAAAGAUGGAUGCUGGAAGUGUUCAUAUGUUCGGUUGUCUCUGAAGAAGAAGAUGUACUCAUCUGUCUUCAGAUGUGUAACUAUCAUUUCUCACAUCUACAAACUCACCUUCAGCAUUCAGGACGAUGAGUUUGAUCUGAACAUCUCCUCCCUCUCCUUUAUAGCGACACUCGUAUGUUCCUCCAUCGUUGCUGGUCACGUUCUUCAGAAUCAGAGACAGGUCACCGUUCUUCAUCUCAUCGUCCUUCAGCUGCACCCGGUUCACAUAAGAUGGAUCCUGGUCUGCUGUCAUCAGGCGCCCGUCUCGCUUCAAUUAACAGAAGCUAGCAGCUCUGUGGUCGUCCAGCUUCCUGUUUCUGAUGGAGACACCUCUCUGACUGUGAGUCCCAGCAGCUCUCAGCUGUUUAAAGGAGAGUUUGUCUCUCUGAGCUGUGAGGAGGACGACAGCUCUGCUGGAUGGAAGCUGAGGAGGAACACAACCAGAGAAACCAGGAAGGAGUGUGGAGACUGGGGAAUAUCAGCUGGUUCCCUCUGUAGCAUCAGUGGAGUCCUCCCACUGGACAGUGGAGUUUACUGGUGUGAGUCCAGAGAGGGAGCAACCAGUAACAGCAUCAACAUCACUGUCACUGGUAAGAUCAGACUGUGGAUGAUCCUGCAGAGUCCUGUCCUCCCUGUGAUGGAGGGAGAUGAUGUCACUCUGCACUGUAAAACAAAGACCUCCAACCUCCCAGCUGAUUUCUAUAAAGAUGGCUCCCUCAUCAGGACUGAGCCUGCAGGUCACAUGACCAUCCACCAUGUUUCCAAGUCUGAUGAAGGCCUCUACAAGUGUCACAUCAGCAGUCAUGGAGAGUCUCCAUCCAGCUGGAUCUCUGUCACAGCCACGCCCCCUGUAUCUGAAGCUCCGCCCCCUGCAUCUGAAGCUCCACCCCUUGUCUCAGCUCCUCCCCAGCUUGUGUUCAGACUGGUCUGCCACCUAGUGGUUUUCUGUCCGUACUUCAUCUCCACUCUCCUCAUGGUGUCUUUAUAUCGACACAGACCUACAGCUGAGCAGGGAUUGGAUGAUGACUAUGAUGACAUCAUCACCUCUGUCACCACAGAGCAUCACUUCUGA